AUGGAAGCCGAUGGGUUCGUGUCCAGACGGCGAAUGGCGGUGGAUUCACCGAGCGUCGACGCCGGGGUCACCGCCGGAGCCGCAGGGGCAGACAUUCGAUGGCUGAGUGGGAGGAUUUUGGACGCAACGGAAGGGUUUGUGGGGGGCCUUUCGCCGCCGAGGAUAACAGGGGAACCGGACUUUGCUGCGGUCUUACAGCUUCGAGCAGUCCCAGAGACGACCACGGUGGCUACUAACACCGAGACCGAAGUAGACUAUGAAGGACUCCCCCAGGGUGUCACCACCAGCACGCACAUGCUGGCAGGCGCCGUGGCUGGUAUCAUGGAGCACUGCCUAAUGUACCCCAUCGACUGUGUCAAGACGCGGAUGCAGAGCCUGCGGCCUGAACCGGGGGCGCGGUACCGCAACGUGAUGGACGCGCUGCGCCAGAUCAUUCGCACGGAGGGGGUGUGGCGCCCCGUGAGGGGGCUGAACGUCGUGGCCGUCGGGGCGGGGCCGGCUCACGCGCUCUACUUCGCCUGCUACGAGAAACUCAAGCUGUCGCUCGGCGACGUGGUCCAUCCGGGAGCCAACAGCCACUUCGCCAACGGACUGGCAGGAUGUAUGGCCACACUGCUCCACGAUGCAGUCAUGAACCCUGCUGAAGUGGUGAAGCAGCGUAUGCAGAUGUACAACUCCCCGUACCGCGGUGUGCUGGACUGCGUGGGCUCUGUGUGGAAGCGCGAGGGUCCCGGGGCGUUUUACCGCUCCUACACCACCCAGCUGACCAUGAACGUGCCCUUCCAGGCGCUCCACUUCAUGACCUACGAGUACCUCCAGGAGGUGCUCAACCCCCACAGACAGUACAACCCGUCCUCGCACGUCGUCUCGGGGGCCCUCGCCGGGGCCGUCGCCGCCGCCGCCACCACCCCGCUGGAUGUCUGCAAGACACUGCUCAACACCCAGGAGGGGCCGGCGGUCCUCGCCCAGGUCCAGGGGCCAGGCGGUGCGAGCGUUGGCGUGCAAGCCGCGUCGUCCACCGGGGGGCGCCAGAUCUCCGGGUUGGGCGAGGCGUUCAGGACUGUGUACAGGAUGGGGGGCGGGGCCGCGUUCUUCAAGGGUGUCCAGGCCAGGAUCAUCUACCAGAUGCCCUCCACCGCCAUCAGCUGGUCUGUCUACGAGUUCUUCAAGUAUGUCAUCACCAAGCGUCGGCACGAGAGGAGGCUGCGGGACCGAGACAGCGAGAAGUAGAGGCGACCCCGCGACCUUCCCCGGACGGAAAUUUCCUUGACGCAAACCACCCGGACUUCAUAGAGAUGGACUAGAGAGCUCAUUUAUCUUUGGGCAAAGUGCCCCCUCUAUUCAACUCUAUGACCACCCUGAGUAAACCUUUGACCCUUGACCUUCUCCCUCUAAUGAAGAUUCCCCCCUCCCCUCACAUAGGAGGAAGCUCCCAGCCUUUACCCAGUAUGUUGUAGUAAUAUAUACAUACUCUAUGGCACUUUAAAUUUCCAUUUGCUAUAUUUAGUUAAACCACUAGGGGGCCUCAUACUCCCUACUCCUUUUGUACAUCAGAAAUGAAUCCAAAUUACAUCUACUUACAUCUACUUUCACUUGCAAGAGUGCUACUUCCUGGAAACCAAACGGAAUCGAUUUCAUCCUUUCCUGCCACACCAGUCACUUCCUGUAAGGUCUGUUGUCUGUUGUGAGCAGACUGGGAAGGGAGCGAGGGUGCUUGGGAUGUGAAGACUACUAUUGGUUCAUAUCUGGGGGCACACAGGACUCGCAGGAUUCAAAUUAAGUCAGUAGUUCACUUUUAGGGCUGCACUCAGUCAUCCCGAUACACCCCACCCACCCGGCAGAUAUGUAAGAAGGACAUUGUUCGUCUAAAGAUACAUACUACACACAAUGUCUCUGGAAUGGCACUCCUAUUUCAGAAACACUACAGUGUGUACAUGCGCUGUUCGUAAACCGUGGGCUCAGACUCUCUGAAUGCUGAUUGGCUGAAAGACAUGGGAUAUGGGACCGAAUAGCUAACCUGGUUGGUGACUGGUUUAUUAAUGACAACAACGCGCUAGGGGGAUCCCGAGAGACUGCCCUCCGUUAUAAUGCAUACAUAUCACUCCCUCUAGUGGCAAAAUGCUAAAUUCGUGGUGUGUGGGUGUGUGUGUGCGCGCGCGCCUGCGCGAGUGUGUGGCUGCCUUUGACCCGGGCACGGAACCUUCCAUACACAUCUCCUAGCACUUCUGGAAGCGCGGUUACAUUUGGUAAUUUCCCAUAACCUACGAUACGUGUAGUUAGUUGCCGGCUUCCAGUUUAAUUAUUAACCCCUAUUUACUGCACGCGCACGUGGACUUCCAAUCAGCCGCCAUGAAUCGAACGCACAAAUACGAUGUUCUUAAAGGCACUAUACUAAUUUCUGAAGCCAUAUUGUUACAAAAGAGAACAUUUGUGUGUGUAUGUAUACCUAACUACUCGAAGAUUAACUAACUCAUUCAAGCUGCAAGUGAAUAGAGAUUUUUUUUUUAGCCAAGAGUUCUGAAACCUACCUGGUAUUUGACCAUUUGUAGGUUCUUUAGGGUCAUUUUCUAGGGAUGCAGAAUUCUAGAAACGUCUUGAAAAUUUCCCGAUUUUCUAGAAAAGACUUACUGAUUUCCAGGAAAACGUUGUACUUUAAAGGGGUAGUUUGGUUAUGCCGGUUAGGACAUCUGACCAUUAACCAACAGGUUGGCAGAUUGAAUCCUGAGCUGGCACAGUGAAAGUGAUGUUUUUCUGACCUUGAGCUAGGCCGUCAACCUUAAUUGUUCCCCAGGCUCCCAAUAUGGCUGCGCCACCCUACAUGUUUCUCAGAUUUGGGGUUGGGUUGAAGCCAUAACAGUUGGACCUUCUGCAUUUGACAACUAAAACCAAGUCAUCCCAAACUAUCCCUUUAAGGAAAGCUACAAAAACCUUGCAACUCUAUGUAGCUGACUUGGCAUGAGUCACACUUUACACAGACUGCCACCCAGGACAGCAUUCUAUAGAACCUGUAGGUAGAAACGUCAACAUAAUAUCUAUCUUCUAAACACACAGGUAAUAAAUAACACCUUUAAUUUCAGAGGAUGCUACUACCACAUAACUUAAAGGGGAAGUUUUAAUCUUUAACAACUAUGUUGGAGGGGUCUUGGUCCUGAAAGUAGUAUACUGGUCAGGAGAAUCUGUAAUCCGUGCUUGGGGUUAGCGGCGGCUGUACAAAAUGUUUGCUCUAGCCACGGCUAGCCCGUACGAUAUCGAACAUCCUCUUUAAAUUAUUAGGUAAAAGGAAGUCUAGUUGUUUUUGGAGUGUUUCUUGCUGAAUACCAUGUUUGGUAGUGGACACCAAAGAGUGACUAGGUGAAAUUUGAUGUGAUGAUGAUUGAGGUGAAGAAAACUGACUGAUCUGUUUGAAAGAGAGAAUGUAUUCCUGUGUUAUUCUGUGAAUUGUAAAUAAAUAGUCGCUAACAGGCAGCGCCUCGCAGAAGCAGGGACUUCUCUUGGGACCGCUCGCCUCACGCGCUGGAGAGAAAUACGCCA